AUGACGAACGACCCAAAGAACCGUCUGACAAAUGAUCCAAUGAACAAUCUUGACCACUCAGACCGACUUUGUCUCGCCUGUAAAAAUGGUGGAUUAACCAUCACAUCAAUCAUUCUCGUCCGUCGAAUUUCGGGCGCUUGUUUCCCAAAAUAUCUCCCCGAUCGGAAGCUGUCGCAUGUGAACAUUUAAUCGGUUUCACUUUUGGGAACAAUCUCAUACCUCCACGUGAUGUUGGCUUGCACUACAUUUUGAAUGCCUUGAAUAUAACGAGCGACAUUCGCGUCGAUCUCAGGUCCCCAACUUGGCAGCUGCUCAAUUGCAUUCUGCCAAUCUUGGUAUCUUGCCUCAAGAAGGUUUCCGACUGUAUCGAAUGCCUCUUGUGGAGAUUGGCCAGUCAUUCGACAAGCUGCGACCAUGCUAAACGGGCAGUCAUCAUUCUGCGCCAUGUUAGUGUCCUGUUGUCAAAUAUUAUGGGCGAUAGGUCGACUUACCUCUUCCUUUCGGUAAGAUAAAAUGUCAUUGGACCUUAUAUGUCGAUUAGUUAUCGGGACCCAAGACCAAUAAUGGGUACUUACAGCAAGACAAAGUCCGCACCCAGAAGCUCUAGUCUCUGGAUAAUGGGAUCCUGGAAUACUUCAUCUGGUAACUUGAUAUCAUGAGCAUAUUCUAUCAGAUGAUACAGAGGCGUCACUCCUGACGAAAGCCGCCUUGUAUCAAGCAUCUCUUGGAUACCAGGAAUGCUAUUUGUAGAGAAUUGCUUCACAUGGUGGACUACCCCGUCUGUGUAUUGCUUCAUUGCGAGAGCAAAUCUUCUACGAGCACCUGAGGCUAUUAGUGAGGUCCAUGUCAAGAUCGAUUGAGGGAAACCUGCCAGGUGUUGAGCCCUGUUAUGGUAAACUGUCAGAUUGCGAUAACGUCAUGUCAAGGAGCUGAACUAACCUGUGACACUCUUCGGAAUAUGUCGUCAUGGGCCUGGACUACAGCGCUCUUUGGUCUGGUAUAAGUCUGGUCUAGCAUAUCAGCCAUGAGACUAUCGAUGACGACUUGCGACCGUUUUGGAUCAGAUUUCAAUGAUCCUUCAUCAAACACUGCAAUUGUUAGCUCGCAUAAUAAACAAUCAACUUGGAUGGCAGUCCAUACUAUCAUCGAAAGGGAAGACCUGGAAGAAAUGUUAGAGUAGCAAUAGAGCAAGAGACACGGUUUACUUACCCAGUUCCCCCAAUCGCACAUCGUCUUGAGCUUGUCGAAUGGAGCAUCAGGAGCAGCGAUGGAGAUAAAGAUGGCAAAGUCGCAGAACUCAACCCUAUUCUUCAUUCGAGAUGAGAAGGAACAUUUUCUAACAGCACAUUAGUACAGGUAUGCAUCAAGUCCGAGGGCAGCAUACUCUGCAAGCCACCUCUCGGAUAUAGGCUUGACUGUUUCAUAGUUGGGAUUCAUAGGCGGAGUCUCGACCACGAAUGCUUUGAACAUGUCGGGAAGAAUGACAGUUCUUCUCGACUCCAUAUUGGUAGUGAACACCUGCAUGGCCAGUGCUGCAGGUACAGAUUUUGAAGAGGGAGUGAGUGAAAGGGGAAGGUGAGAAUGGGGGAGGGAACAACAGCGUUCUUUGUCAUGCAGGAAUCAGCUCACGGCUUUCUGGGCGUCACAAGUACUCAAAUAUCCCAAAGGAAACAAAGAACGCAAGCCAGCCUCGUCGGUGUUCCAAUCAGCCAGCUUCCCUUCAUCCCGCGUCAUUUUCUUUCAGCUUGAGACUAGACACAAACUAAGCCAUGAUGGAAUCAUAAUUCCCAGACAUUGUAGUCAGCUAGGGUGAGCAUAUCAUACCAGGUGAUGGGUGGACAGGGGUCUCUUUGACGAAUUAUUGGCAGAUUGGCCACACACUCCGUGGUCCACCAACGGGUCACCCCCUCGCGAUGUUGAUCGUGUGUUAGACGAAUGGAGAAGUCCGCAGGACGCUACACGAGCCCGAGAAACAAGAGUACACAAUUUAUCUUUCGAGUCAAGGGAUGUAACUGUGUGAGGUGUGCCGAGUCUGGCUUUCAGGUACACUUGGACAUCCCCAGCUUAAAUUGGAGGAUGCCUGUCCAAUUGCUCUCAGAAUGUCAGCCUCGUACCAAGUCUCUUUUCAACUUUUAACAGUUUUUCAUCUAUUUCACUAUGAAGUUCUUUGGACAAUCAGAAACUCGGGAAGAGCUCCGAACUAUUGGAAACCAUUCUUUCACAUGGACGACUGAUCACAUUCCCAAAUCUCACACAGAUCCUCUCCGUCACGAAUGUGAUGAACUUGGAGCUGCUGCUGUCAAGGAGAUCCAAGAGAUCCACGCUCAGCAAAAGAAAGAUGGCCAACAAGUCGGCAGACAGGACUUGUUCGAAACACUUUCUCAUCACCACGGUCAGAGCCAAGUUCUUUCUCAGCUUUGGACAGAAGUUCAUACUGUCCCCUAUUGGGUUGAUUGGGGCCAGAUUGCCCGGGGACAGAAAUUCUUCUACCGCUAUGCCCUCGCAAACCUCAUCGGAUUUGCCUUUCAAGGCUUUGUUGGAGAGAACUCUGCGUCUACCAGCGUUGUCGAAGUACUUGCUCGCACUGGUGGCUUCAGCACUCGUGUCUUGCGGCGUCGACUGCUUGAAACAUUUCAGCUUGUUCUUCAAGUCACGCACUCGCUUGAUCAUGUGAAGCCUGGUGGACCAGGGCAUAGAUCGAUUGUGCGAGUCCGUCUUCUGCACUCCAUGGUCAGACAGCAGAUCCUCAAAGUUGCCGCAUCGAAAUGCCGAUUCUUUGAUCAGGAGACACACGGCAUUCCUAUCAACACCCUUGACUCGAUACAUGCCAUUGCAACAUUCAGCUGCAACCAUGCUUGGCUUCAGCUCCCUCUUAUGGGGAUCACCCCCGAGAAACAGGAAGUCGAAGAUUACAUUGCCCUUUGGAGAUACGUGGCCCAUGUCAUUGGGGCACCCCAGGAGUACUUCACUUCAGCAAUACAAGCUAAGGCUGUGAUGGAAAGCUUAGCUUACAACGAGCUCCUUGUGACACCCACUUCUGUUGUCAUUGGGUACAACUUCGUUGAGGCCCUCAAGGAUCUACCACCCAUCAACAUCUCGGAUGGGUUCAUUCAGGCUGCUAGCCGCGUCUUGAAUGGCCACGAGAUCUGCGACCAGCUUGGUAUGGGACAGCCCAGCUGGUACUCAUACGCCUGCUUCAAGGGCCAUUGCUGGUUGGUGUGGACCUUAGCUAGCCUGCAGCGAUUUAUCCCUGCCCUGGACGAUAAGGUGAUUGAUCUCUGUCGGGAAGGGCUGCAUAGCGCUAUCAUCCACAGUUCCCAAGGUCUCGGAGGUGGCUCCAUCCUUGAUUUCAAAUACGUUCCGGAUGGGCGGAUCCAGGGAAAGGAGAAGAACGACCGGGCCGAGGGGCGUUUGUGGUUUUUCGAGAGACCCCUUGAGUUCAUGUACUUUGUAGUGUUUGUCAUUGGAUGCAUGGUAGUGCUGGCAUGGUUGCUUUGCAUGGCGCAGCUCUUUGCGCUCGGGUCCUCGCGUCGUCCUGGCGGGAUAACCUGGUUGGGCUGAGAUUUCAUUCUGUACUGUAGAUCGCCCCGUAAUUCUAUUUGUCGUAUGAACCAACAUGCAGGUUUGCCGUGUGUAUAAUGUCAUCCCAAGUCCUAGUCCUGGUCUGUAUAAUCCUUGUCCCGUCUAGGGCCGCAGCAAGAACACCUCCCUCGCCCGGCUGAAGUUCAGGUGUCAAAAAUCGACGGAUCAUCACGAAUUGAGAAGCAAUGAGACAUUUUUAUCUCC